AUGGUGAAACGCGAGUUGGGUUGUGCCACUGGUAGCGGUGGAGAUGAAACGGACGAACCUGAUCACCCCGCGGCGGUGCCGGUGACUGACCCUAGAGCACUCCGUUCACGCUACCACACCGUCAAGACCAUCCUCUAUGAUGAAAGAGAAGAUCUCACAAGAGCAGACUCGAAGAAGUUCGAUUCCAUCAUUGAGCAAGUGGAGAGCUUGCACCAGCUGGUAAGAAAUCCAAGAGAGCAAGUAGCGGAUGCGGAGGCGCUUUUGGACAUUGCAAGCACCUUGAUGACCUCUGUAAGGGCACAUAACAAGGAAGGGAUUACAGCUUCGGGUUUCAUCAACUGUAUUCUUACUGACUUCAGGAAACCAAGUGGUAAUGGCAGCAGCUCAAUAUAUUGGAGGGACAUUGGGAAUGCGGUGUCACAUGUUUUCCAGAGAAGCCCUCGAUGCUGCACUAUGAUCGGGCCUAUGAAUGCUGAAGUGAAGCGAAGAAAGCCUUAUCAACGUCACAGACGUGGGAAUCCUACAGACAAUGAUACCCCUCAAGAGCUUGGUGAUACUGUUGAAGAAGAGGAAACAGAGACUGUUAAAAACGUGUCCACUAUGUUUAAUAUCUUGAGGAAAGAGAGAAGGGUCAGGCUUGAAAAUCUAGUGUUAAAUGGAAAUUCUUUUUCACAGACAGUGGAAAAUGUGUUUGCCCUAUCAUUUCUUGUUAAAGAUGGGCGUGUUGAAAUGAAAGUGAAUGAGGAAGGCCAUCAUCUAGUGUCGCCAAGAAAUGCUCCUGCUGCCAAAGCAAUUGCCUCAGGGGAUGUUGCUUACUUCCACUUGAUCUUCAGAUAUGAUUUCAAGGACUGGAAGUUAAUGAAGGAGGUUGUUGGGACCGGAGAGGAGCUGAUGCCACAUAGGUUUCCAGCAGACAUAUCAAACAACUCGCAACCAGAAGAAACUCCUGCAACAAUAGGUACAACACCAAUUAGGAAGUUUUCGAGGAACAGAGGCUUGGUUACACGGGAGCAGCCCGUUGGAACUGAUAGUAGUAUAUCAAUUGCUGAAGACAGCGCCGAAUGUGAUUAUGCUGCAAGAGCCGCACCCACUCGUAAAGGGAAGCGUAAACUGAUAUGA